AUGGAUGAAGCGCUAAAAGAGUAUCUGACAAAAGUCCUCUCGGAAAGCGUCGUAGAAGUUUGCGAUCAACUGGGAGCGAUGAAAAAUCUUCUCGCUUUCAGCAAUUUGGAUCGGAUGCGAGACGAUUUGAAGCAAAACGACAAUUUCGCCAAAAUCUCCAUGCUCGACGCGAAUCUCUUACUUUGGAUAUCAAAGUAUGUUCGUUUCGAGAAAAAGCUCCCUGCAGACAAUAUCGACGAUUUGAUGGUUCUCCGCGACACCUGGAAGACCGAGCAAGAGCAGGAAAACUUGAAAAAGCAAAAAGAAACCGUCGCCAGAUUAAUGAAAAACGUCGAAGACCUGGAAACUGCGCUCAGCGAGAAAAGCAAAGAAGCGGAAGAGUUGAAAAGCAAGUUCGAGGAGGCAGAAAAGAAACUCAAAACGCUGGAAGCAUCUUCAAAAGAAGAGAAACAAUCACUCGAGAAAAAGAUAAAAGAAGACGAAAUCGCGCUAAAGAAUAAAAUCUUGGAACUCGAGAAGGAAAAUGCCUCGCAAAUCGGCGAAACUUACACUUACAAGGAGCGGUUAAAAGAGACGGAGGCCAAUAAUGCUGAUCUUCGAAAGUCGCUCAAGAAAUUAGGCAAAAACAACCGGACAACAAUCAAGCUCAAUCGCAGCGCGUUCCCUUAG